GGCUUGUCAUCUAAGCAAAAACCCACUUCACCUUUUUUUAUCAUUUUAUCAAUUUAACAAAGCUCUGAUUAGUCUGAUAUGAUCAUAUGAUAUGGGUUCUUUUCAGUCACCCAUGGACACUAGAACCACAGCGAUGCUCGAGACAUCCUGCGGGUAUCUUCUUCAAGAACUACAAAUGAUUUGGGACGAAAUUGGCGAAGAUGAAUUCGAAAGAGAAAAGGUUCUGGUUGAUCUCGAGCAUGAAUGUCUUCAAGUUUAUCGAAGAAAAGUUGACAAUGCAAACAUGUCGAGGGCUCGUUUACAUCAAGAGGUGGCUGAUUCGGAAGCUCAAUUUACUCAUUUGCUUUUGUCACUCGAUGAACGCUCGCUUCCUAGGCCGGAGAAAAUGGCCGGAGCUCUGAAAGAACAACUCGGAGCGAUUGCGCCGGCGUUAAAGAAAUUGCAAAUGAGAAAGGCGGAGAGGAUGAAACAGUUUCGAACAGUUCAGUCGCAGAUUCAAAAGAUUUCUGCGGAAAUUGCAGGUCAAUCUGAAUAUGACGAUUCGUUACCUGAUGUUAUCGUAAAUGAAAACGAUCUAUCGUUAAAGAAACUUGAAGAAUAUCAAAUGGAGCUUCAAAGACUCCAUGCCGACAAGAAUGACAGGCUCGAAAGGGUGAAAAACUACAUAAACACGAUUCAGAAGUUAUCGAGUACGUUAGGAAUGGAUUCAUCGAUGAUCAUAACAAAAGUGCAUCCGAGCUUGAACGAUUUAUCGGGUCUCACCAAGAACAUGAGUGAUCGUAUUUUAGAUAAACUCAAUAGCACGGUUGAAUCCCUUGAAGCAGAAAAGCGUUUGCGGAUUGAAAAGCUUCGAAAUCUUGGGAAUUCUUUGAAGAAAUUAUGGGAUCUAAUGGAUACACCUUACAUAGAACGAGCAUUAUUUUCACACAUUUCUGGUUCAACGUCGUCUUCGACCAAUAUGUCUGCUCCUGGAAGUCUGGCCAUCAAGAUGAUCGAGGAGGCAGAGGCUGAAGUUGAGAGAUUAGAUGAAUUGAAAGCGAGUAAAAUGAAACGAAAAAUGCAGUAUAAGUUUUAACAAUAACAAACAGAUUUGUUUCAAUUGUGGUAUUGGUGGUCAUAUAGCUAGCAAUUGUCCUAAUAGAAUGUUUGUACAUUUUGAGUCACCAAGAGGAGAGAACGAAUUCAGAAGAAGGUGUUUAACUAGAAAGUCCUCUAGAACUCGUUCUCGGAAUGAUGAUUGGAAGGACGAUCGUAGUAGAAAACGAACUGUUUUUUAAAAGCAUAGAAAGGUCAUUCAUAACAAAGUCCCAAACAGUUUGCCAAAACCGAACAUGGCCAAGCCAAGGUCGGUUUCAUGAAGAAGCAGCAAUGGGUCUUCAACCAAUUCUGGUAGAAAACCCAAGUGCUCCAAGGGCUUUAUUGGGCCGAAAACCAUGUAUUUAAUUAUAGUGGGCCGAAAACCCAUCUCUCAUACCUCUUUUGGGCCAUAAAGCCCUAAUGAGGACCCAAUUGGCCGAAAAAUCUAUUUUGGGCUACUCAAAUUCGGUUUGAUAAUCAAAAUGAGCUCAACAUCCAAAUUUCUUUCCAUUCCCUCUUCAUUUUCGGUUUUUAAUUAAAAAAAAAGAGAAAA